CAGCUGAUUGUUGUUACGCUACUGCAGCCGCUUUUGGGAACGCAAAUGGGAAUAUGUACAAUUUGCUAAGACAAGGACAGCGCUUGGGCUGCUGGAUGCCGGCCGCCCAGCAGAUACACACCACAGCCGUGCAGCGAACCUUUUGGGAGCGCGAAAAGAAAUCCGGCUACAAGACGAAACUACCAGAGCCGUCCAAGAAACAGCUCAUAAUGGAUGGUCUGCGUGACCUAAAGGAGGAGAUAAAGCUGUGGCGGAAGGAAGUGACGGAGCACCUGGAAAGCGAUCCUAUACUGGUUUUUCGUCCGGGCGAAACGGAUGUGGUGUUCGACUUUAAGGCUCCAGAUGUGCUGGACAAGUGGACGGUUACCACCGAUGCGGAUCACGGCGAGGGCAAGAGCACGGGAGCCCUGGAGCUGAGUGCAGCGGGAGCGGGUCUCUUUCAUGGCGAAGUCAACUCGAACCACACAAAGGAUGGCAUCAUAAAGCGGACAGGCUAUGCGAAUAUACGCACAAAGCGAGUGCGGAAAUCCUUCAAGCGGGAGUCCACCUACGACUGGACGCAGUACAACAUGCUGAUCAUGAAGGUGCGCGGCGAUGGUCGCAGCUAUCUGAUCAAUUUGCACACCGAGGGCUACUUUGAUCUCAUGUGGAAUGACAUCUAUCACUAUGUGCUGUACACCCGCGGCGGUCCCCAUUGGCAGAUCGCUAAGAUACCCUUCUCCAAGUUCUUCUUAUCCUCGAAGGGGCGUGUCCAGGAUCGCCAAGGGGCCAUACCAUUGAAUAGAGUAACCCAUUUCGGCUUCUCUGUGGCGGCGAAAAAGGGUAUGGAUGGUCCAUUUGGUCUGGAAAUAGACUACGUCGGCCUGGAGUACGAUCCCAGUCAUCGGGAAGAGUUUGCCUAUGAGAUGUACCAGACGCCCAAGUAUAUUGUGGCUACGUAAUGCCCUAAUGUUAUUUAUUUGUAGAGAAAUUAAUUAAACGGCCGUUUUAUGUUUA